CAAGAGAGCAAGCUAACAAUCGUUAAUUGUCAGAUUUUAAAAUGUGAGCAGGAAAGGGCCGUCCCCAACUCCUACAUUUAUACACUGAAUGGACCCUCUGUUUCUAGCGCAUUCCAAUGAAUAUCCAACAGCUUAUAAGCAAUCUGGGAGACCACGUAUUAUCAUUCUCAAACCAUUUCAUGUCAAAGGCAGUGCUAAAGUCAGCAGAAGGUCACUACUGUAUUUGCAACUAAGCUGAAGUCUUUCACCUUUGUGCCACUUCUAAAAAGACUGCCUGUUGAGAACAGGGUUUGGAAAAAGGUACUUCAGGGAAGCAGACUAAACAAGACUUCACAAGAGCCAGGGGACACUGAGAAAAGCAUGGCGGAAGAGGGUGUCUACAAAGCAGAGGCUGUUUACGUCCAAGACCCUGAAGAGGGCCAGCUUGAAGAAACGCUCAUGAACACCACUCAAAGUGAGAUUCUGUCAACUGACAAUUUAACCCUUAAAUCACUCACCAUGCUAGCUGGUCCUCACGCAGAAUCUGGUAGCAUAACCCCCAAGCCGAGCCCAGCCACCAUGGAAACCACUGAUAACAAACACCCUGGCAUUUCUCAGCUAGGCUUUCACAACACUUCACAAGCUGCUGAGGUCAGCUCAGGUCUGUUUUUAAAUAGCUCAUCUCAGAGAGAGGAGGCCCUUAGCCCUACCAGCUCCAUGGAUUUGUUCACUUCCCCUGCUUCUUCUAAGGAGUCUAUUCUCUCCGAGGGCUGGGACAAGGAGAGGAGCUGGUCAGGGCUCCACAUGUUCUCACGGGAUGGUUCUCCUGGCACCUUUAGUGGCACAGUUUCUCCAUGUUCUUCCAUAAGAUCCGGGGCCUUCACACCCUCUGUGGUGAGAAUCAAGCGACACUCCUUGGCUCCGGGCUCUAGUCUGCUGCAGAUGUCGUCCGCUUGUGAAACACCCUGCUGUGACAGUCCCGCAAGCUCACCCUGUCCUCUUACAUCCCGUGCCCGGCACAGACUCCCUCCAACCCAGCUCUCCCUGUUAACGGCCAUCCUCAGGAAAGGUCGUCUGCCUGUCCUGUCCUCUGCUAUUCAAAGACCUUACACACCCUGCUGGCCCAUCAGUCCAGUUAACAUGUCCUCCUGUUCAGCAUGCUCAGCUGCCUCUUCUGUUGCACCCAUGAACAUCUCUAAAGCAAAGUCUUGUACCUCCAUAGAUAGACCCCAUACUGAGUCUUGCCAAGUUCCAAAGGCACAACUAUGGAAACCAGACCAUAGUUCUCUUUCAGUGUCAUCAGUGGUCAAGACACCUGAUGAAAUCCCACUAAUGAAACUACCAGAAAGACUUGACUCAUGUCAACAUUUCACUAGUACUAGUCGCAUCGUCUCGCCUACAAAACACAGCCCUUCACUAAGCUUACCUAGAGUCCAGCCUACCAAUUCUCACCUGUCGAAAUUUGGUCACAAAGGAAAUUGUUUACCCACAGUUCCUAGCUCUCUUUUGUGCAGCUCCCUAUACCGGACGAAGUCCUCAUCUCCUAAAUCAAGCUCUCUGUCUUGCUCCAGCAUCAAGAACCAGAAAAAUCCAUCAGUGUCAGUGGAUCGCCCUGCAUCUAUAGAACCAAACAAACCUUUAGCAUCCUUGAUGCAGAACGAUGAAACAAAAUCCCAUGAUAUGUCAGAAAAAUAUUCACUAAAACAGGGUCAGAAAUCAUCUGAGCUCUCCAAUGCACCAUAUCUGAAAGAUAGAGGAAGUUCAUCUGACAACUUAGACUCCUCGGUAUCAAAACCUACACACAAUUCAUGUGAAUCUUCCUGCUUUCCUACUCUGAAACACACAAUUGAAUUGCAUAGUAAUUCCAUAUCUCCUGUUUUAAGUCUCAAGGAGAGUAAACAAAAUACUCUUAUCCAAAAUGGUGGCAAAAGUGAUGUUGAAAGAGUGCACCUAUCAUCCCCGGCUUUUAGACUGUCUCCCUCUCCCAGACCCGUGGGUCUCACCCGCCUGUCCUACACACCUCCAGCCUCUCCUGCCUAUCCCCCAGUCCACCCGAACUCCCGCUCCUCCACCCCAGACCGCUGCACCCUCUCGCCCUCCCCAGCCAUCCCAAGCCGUCAACUCUCCCCCUCACCCUCAUACUCCUUCUGUUCAUCACCCUCUUCGUCCCUAUGGGGCAGCACACCAGACUGCGCAGAUGGGGACUGUAAAAAUAGAAAGACAUACAAGAUCAAAUCCACCUACAAGGCACUCGCUGCUAUUCCCACAAAUACUCUGCUCCUGGAACAGCAGGCUAUAGAUGAAGAGGUCAACAAGAAAGAGGCUUCGUUUAACCCUGCGGACAACUAUUCUUGGGAGGACCCACAUGCAGAGAUGUGCUCUCCUGCGCAGCUGCGUCAGCAGACUACAGAACUAUUCGCAACCAUUGAUGAAGUCCUUGAGGACUCGAUCCAAAGACAUCAAUCAGACCAUGUGAACAAAGCCAAUGUGAAGUCUUUGGCAGCGGACGCAUCAAGGCCACAGACGUCAUCACCAUCUCCAAAACUAUUGGGACGGGAAACAAGAUAUGCAAGCUCUCCUUUUCAACCCUCUACAGAACAAACACUGACAAAGCCUGGAGUUAUUAGACCAGUUAUUGCAACAUCCAGAUUUACAGAUGAUGAAGAAUUCCACCCAAAUCCUUUCAAGAGCCAUCAAGGGAACAAAUCCAAUCGUUACCAAUACAAGUUUGUCAGCAGUGCGCUCUGCGAUGAAACCCAAGCAGAUGGUAGAGGAGCUUCAGACGGGCAGCCAUCGUGUGGAGAGGGGCUUCCUUCAGAGACACAAGGAGACUACAAGCCAAGGCUGGCAUCUCUGAUCACGCAGACCAGGAUUUCCAUGCAAGAUGUUCCCACCUCCAUGAAACCCCAGGAGACACACAUGUGAUGCUUACAAGAGAGCCUGAUCUGAUCGUAACUGUGACUGCACAUUAAAAACCCUAUUAAAGACAGCACACGUCAAGCAUCUUAAAAGCUAUUCCUUCCUCAAUUGAACAUGCACAAAGUAAUUUUAAUCUAAAUUAAUGAAUAGUAAAAUGAUGUUUGCUUACAAAUUCAAGGUCAGAUUUCAUCCCAAAAUCAAAAGUAAGAAGUAAUAAUAGUUCUAUACAACAGACUGUGUAAUACACUAUAACUGCCACCUAUCCCUCAAAUGGACCAUUGACAUUCUGUCUACAAUCUCAGUUAGGAGUGUCAAUGGUCAACUUGAGAGAUAGGUGGCGGUAAUGCACUUAUAAGUAUGCGAUCCGCCAUAAAGCAAGAAGAAGAAGAAGAUGACUCAUGUGCUUGCUGCUGAGAAUGCGCACUCACGAGAGUUCUAACAGUUCGGACAUUGCAUGAAUCAGUGGUUGUGUAUGUUUUUUUUUUUUAGUUUUAUUGUAUGUUUUAGCUGUGAUUCCCAUCCACUUCCAUUAUAAGACUGAUAGACUGCAACGGUUUGUGUUAAAAAUCUUCAUCUGUGUUCUACUGAGGAAACAAAGUCACCUUCAUCUUGGAUCCCCUAGGGGUAAGCAGAUAAACAUCAAAUUUUCAUUUUUGAGUGAACUAUCCCUUUAAUAUCCCAUUUAAUCUGACAUGGCCUCUUUCUCCAAGCACUCAACUCUAAAUACCCUUCCUUGCAAAACCCUCAAAGAUAUUUCAUAUGUGUCAUUUUUUUUUUCACAAUCAAUUUUCAUUUAGAGCACAAAAUAGGUCUGAAAUCUUAUUACUUAAUAAGCAAUUUACUGCAGAUAUACAGUUCUGUCAAAAGAUGCAUAAAUGGUGCCUGAACAAAAUCAAUAUUGGCCCAGUCAAUACAUGUUUGUCCGAUUUUGAUACUGUUCCAGGGUUUCCUAACUGGGCAUUCACAAAUAUAUAAUAUAAUAUAAUAUAAUAUAAUAUAAUAUAAUAUAAUAUAAUAUAAUAUAAUAUUACAGUACCACACAAACAACUGCAAACUGAGUAAUUAUUUACACUGAAUGGUGAAGAAAGCAAACCAUUGAAUUUAGUAACUUGAAGACCUUCCUAUAGCAGCAAUAACCUCCACUAAGUGUUUCUGUUAACUGCUUGUAAGACAUUGACCAAUUGGACCAUCCCUCCCCACAGAUCUGUUUCAGUCUAUCAGUAUUUCUGGCUUGUCUUAAUAGCACAGCAUUCUUUAGUUCAUGCCACAGCAUCACAGUUGGCUUAAGUUCAGGACCCAAUAAAACAAUUUCUUUUUUUUUCAGCCAUUCUUUAGUAGGUAUUACUUGUGGGCUUUGAAUCAUUUUCUUGCUGCAUCACCAAAACUCUGUAAAGCCUGAAGUCAUGAACAGUCAUGAACUGCUGUCCCAACAUUCUCCUGUCAAAUGUCUUGAUACACUUUAUAAUUCCUUGUUACUUCAAUGAGUGAAAAGUGUCCAGACCCUGAGGCAGCAAAGCAGCACAGCCGGGAAGAGGUUUUAGUUUCGGUGUGCCCUUUUUCCUGUAAUACAUAUCAUACAUUUUUGCCAGAAAGUUUUUUUUUUUGUCUCAACUGUCCACAGAAGUAGUGUGGUUCAUCCAGGUUGCUCAUCUUGGGCAAAUACAAGACAGGUCUCAAUCAUUUUUAUUAUUUUUUGAGCCUUUUCUUGCUGUAAUGGAUUUUUUUUUUUUUUUUAGCUUUUGGGAUCGAUGCAUGGUUCACACUAAGCAAUCUUUCUUGAGAAGAACAGAUUUGUCAAUAACCAGUCUUUGUGUUCUAUUAUUUAAAUGACCCACACUUCCAGUCUCAUCUUUCUACCGGACUCCAGUUAGCUUUUUGAGACAUGGUAAUACAGUACUUCAGCCUGUUCUGUCAAUGAUCACUCAAUGUAUUUAAUAAAUGGUCACAUCUCUCCUGUUUAACUCCUGGACAAUGACCUCCUUAAAUGCCUUGAUAUUUGAAGGUCAGGGUGACCUUAACACAACAUUUUAUUACUUUGAUAAAAAAUAUAUUUUUCUGAUUCAUAUCGACAUGCUUUUUUGGUACCUGUCAAACCAGACUUGCUGAAACAUUAUAAAUAUCUAAGGAACGUUCCAUGAGAAAGGAAAGAGGUGCUGUGUCCAAUGGCGAUGCUAUGGGGAAUACCUCAGUGUGGUUGCAUCUGAAGCAUGUGAGCAACUUCUCCAAUCUUGAUUUGGGCUGUUUGACCAUUAUGUGUGUCAACAUGCCACAGAAGCUAUAAAAGACACGUUAAGAAUAAAGCAGUGUUAGCUUCUGAUUGGCUGAAGCAAGCCACUCACAGGCAUGCAGGAAGUAUAGCGAGGUGGUGCAGCAUCUCAUUCCGUUAUUAGGGAAUUGUGAUUACAGACGUAACCUGAGACAUCCCCUUUCGAACAGAGGUGGGGGACACGAGUCAGAUGACUUGACUCGAGUCAGACUUAAGUCGCACAUUUUUGGACUUGAUACUUGCUUGACAAAUAUUCAUAUUCAGACUUGACUUGACUGACUUGUUAUUCAUGACUUGAGACUUGACUCGGACUUGAGUUAAAUGACUUGAAAUAACUACAAGUCAUUUAAUGUAUUUAUCAUCUUAUCGUCUUUCUUCAAUAUAUAUCUGUUUGUUUCUGAACGCACUGCAACCUAACCAAGUGACACAGCAGGCAAGCAGAGCGUGUGCUGUGUUGCCAAGUGACUUUGUCGAUAGAUCUAGGGAUUUUUUAUUUUUAUUUUUUCAAAAAAAGCUCCUAGUGACAGAUCUAGCGACUUCUUGGACAAACGUUAUUUAGUUUCUGAGAUUCGCCGGUACUGCGAGGUCUCUGAUCUGUUCAGCGAGUGGCUCAGAGGAGCAGUGCUUUAGGUUAAACAAGAUAUUCUGUCACUUCUAACUCUAUUUUACAUGCAAAUAUAGCCAAAAUCACAGCACAGUCAUUGUCUUUAUCUUAUGUGUAUUUGAUUUCAUUAGACGAUGUCAUGAUUAUGAAUCAGGAUUUUUGUGCAGAUUAACAUCUAAUGGAGAGCUGGUAGUCUUAAUGGGCCACUUUCAGUCUCUAUUUCAUAUUCAUCCCGUUGUCUUACAACAGAAACAGAAAAAUAUACCAGUGAAAACAGUUUUAUUGAGAAUUUGGCUGCAUUAAAUACAGUUUGUGAGCAGUAUGAAAUGUAUUUUAUUUUAUUUUUUGUAAGCGGAAUGCAUGGUAAAUGGUUAUUUACUGUUUAUAAGGAAAUGUCAGCUUUUUUUGGCAGUAGCAUGUGUACAGUAAAUUGUCUAAUAACUGGUCUUCAGUGUUACUCUUUGAGUGAAAAGCCUAUGGAUAAUUUAUGGGGAUGCAUAAAAGAAAAAAGAAAAAGAAAAAUCACAGUUGCGAACCCAAUCAUGCACACACACACACACACACACACACACACACACACACACA